UUAACGAAGCUGUCAUUGCACUUAACGAAACGUCAGUCAGAAUGUGUAAAUACAAUCUCAUCGUGAAGCGAAUUUAAACCCGAUUCUGCAGAGGAGCGGCCAGUUGCUCCGUUGUAGAAAUUACACCUUCCUCUGCUGCUCACUCCGUACGCCACAUAGACCACAUUUCUCCAACACACUUGACCAAAACGGCGCACGAAAUCCCGUCGUACUCUACGGUGGUUUCUGCGAAAGGAUUCCCCCCCCCCCCCCCUCGAUAAGGAUCGUCGUAACAGGGAGUGCUGUUUGUGUGCAUAAGUUUGCAUGUGUGUGUGCGUCUGAGUGAGUGACUGAGGGACGUUUUUUCUGAUACGCGGCACUUGCACUGCUGCUUGAAAAUCGCGGAGAAAGUCGUGGUCGCUAGUUGUGUUUGCGCGAGUGCGUGUCGAGGUUGGCUAAUCGUAGUCACAAUCUGCCAGAGCAGGCUAAAAAAAAGGAAGAGCGAAGAGGUCAUACUCCUCUUUAUCGUGGCAAGCGGUUUCCAGAAUCCGGCUACGGCCCACUGUUGUAACCAAGGGGCUGGCGUUUUUCGAGUGAAACGACGGCAGAAGGCAGAACAACGCCUCUUGGUUCCCUCUUUGCCCCGGAAGCAGCUACGCAAUUGCAAGUUCAACCAACACACAAUAGGUUGGCGCAAGGCAGUAACGCGACCCAACAGCAGCGACGCACAGGAUUCGGCAGGGCGUUAACGACGGGAAAGCGAAAAACGGUCCCAGAAUGUUGCCAUGUAAGCGAGCCGUACCAUUUCCCCCUGGGGAGGAGUGUGUAGAACCCCUUUUUCAUGUUAUUAAUCAUCAUCACUUUCGCUGCGGAAAAGUGCGAAAAACGAGUCCCCUUCUGCUGGCUUUUUGGGGUGUUUUGUUUGUCCUCUUGAUAUGUGCGUGUGUGUGUGUGUGUGUGAGUGUACGUGUGCGAAUUGAUGUUCAUUUUAUGUGCGGCUUUAACAACGUUUAAUUAUAUAAUGCUUCAUGCAGCCUGCUGGUGUGGUCGAAUUUAUGCCGCAUCGUACGUGUUUGCGGUUCUGCUGCAUUGAUUUUCUGGUGCGGAGAUUCUGAUGGCGAAAGAAACGGCCCAAAAAGUUGUUACGAGGAUUAGGCGUUGCUUGCCUUCCCAAAACGCUAAGCACACCCUGCCUCGGGGUACCUUGAAGCAGCUUAGAGUAAUAUGAUCUAAUUAAAGAUUUUUGGAAGCAGUGGGAAGGAACGACGCACACGACCGUGUAGGCAAGAAGUUGUCCGGAGUUGGGACUGGUUUGGCUGUACGGAAUGGUACAGGAAAUAAUUUAAUACCAGCUCCAUCAGAUUCACAAUCCCCCCCGGCAAAGUGAAAUAUUCAACGUGGCGUACAAAUUAAAAUGUCCGAUCGGAAUGGAGGUGCUUCAGAGAGGUUGAUUUCCGCAUUCGAUGUUACCACGAUGUUAGCGCCCCAGAGAGAUACAGUCUGUAAAUUCUUCAUGUUACCAAUCCAGCUUUAAACCCGUACCCCCUGCUCCGCUGUAUGCUGCCUUUGUGUAGGAUGGAGUUGCUACGGGCUCUCCGCUACUGCAGCGCCUCCCUCUAAGCCGGUUUUAACGGGCACGGGAGAGCGGAGAGAUGAUUUCGCUUUCACUGGCUCAAAGUAAGCGCGCCCGUAUCUAGGUCACCGUUAGUUCAGCCCCGAAGGAAGAAAAGAGAGAGAGAGAGAGUGUCUGGGAAAUGAUGAUGGCUGCUACCGUGUGGGGUGUGUACGCAUAUACAAAACGCACAUACAAAAAUGGAGAACCUUUCCCAAAACUGCCCAAAGGGAAGGAGGAACUACGGUGGGGUGAGCAGCCCGGGUAGCUCCAUAUUGAACAAAGUGUAACUGCCGUUACAUCUCGCCGGAAAGGGGCGUGCAACGUGGUGUGGUGUGAGUGCGAGCGGCGAUGGAAGGAUAAACAUGAAACCCCGCACACCAGCACGGGUCGCCAUCUACGCGACACUUGGCUAGAAGCGGACAAAGGCACCUUUGCCGUCACUGAAGCGAUUAAAGCAGGCAUGAUUGGUGUGGGUUUUUAAAAAUAAUUUUACAACCGUCCCCGUCAACUCGCGCACGCCUCUUUUGUUUACUUUUGGCGUUGUGAUAGCGAUGCACUAAAACCGAGCGGCGGGUCUGUUUGCGCGACGUGGAGCUACCGGGAACACAAGAGACAAAGAAAGGGGCAAUAAUUUACACAAAGUUGGUACUCUUAUUUUUAAUUUGGUUGUAAACAACGCUUUUGCGUCGCUUGUAAUUUACAGGAUUUAAGGAGGAUUCGAAAAUCAAUUCACGAACCUUUAACGAAAAUGAUUGCAGAAUUUAAUACUUUCCCACAUUGCUAACCGAUUUACUUUGGCGGGAACUUUACGACUGCCUAGUCAUGGCUGUGCCGUGUGUGUGUGUGUGUGGGUGUGUGCAUGUGUAUACAUAUGUCUGUUUCUGUUUCUUCUUCCACAGCACUGCGUAUUUACCAUUUGCCAGGGCUUUGGCCCCGGUCACUGUUUACUGCCAUGGGCCGUCAGGUUAAACGUCCCGGUGAAGUUGAUUGUAAUGUGAGAUUAGGAGGUGUUGGCACACUAGGUGUCUGAAGUGUCACUCUAACAGCUAAGGGACACUGAAGGUGAAGAGCUACACACCUUUAAACAAUGAUAAGCUCGGAACUGUGAGGCAAAACCAUGGCAAACGUUCGACAUCGGUCAGUUCUAUUACAUGGAGCGGAACAAUAUUAUGCCGUUCUUGCAACUAUGCUAGGGCUAAUAUUCAAACAAUACGGAAGCUCAUCAGCCACACUGCGAUAAAGAGCCAAUGCAAAUGGGAUUGAGUAAUAUUUCUUCUUAUUUCUUCAUAUUCUUACGAUCGAUGCCCUGCGCCUCUGUCAUCAUUAACGGUUUUGCAAUAGUUGAUAAUUGUCUGUUGAUAGGCCCAAUGGCCGCGGGAAUGGGGGAUUUCUUUUUAUUCCUGUACGUCUGUGCACUAUUAGUGAAUGCUUUUAGCUCAGCACUGACCUUGAUACAAAUUGGGAAUAUUCUGAAUCAUUGGUAUCAGCUGAGAGCCACGCAGCACUUUUUUCUUCCCCCUCCGAACAGACAGACAGAUUCCAUCGGCUUGCGGGCUUAAUCGUGUGUUGAGAUGUUGAGUUGCGUUAGCAUCUUAUCAACAACAGGAAGACGCUUACCGCCGUUGUGAUGCCAAUGGUUGGAGUGACCGGUACCCCAGGGAAAGUAAAGGUUGACGAACGCCAGAGGCACAGCCGGGGGAGGGUGAAAGCAUUGGGAACUGGAAGGGAUUCGAGAAGCUCUUGCGGAUGAUGUUAUUCGAUCCAGCAGAACAGUACGAGUUUGGCCACCAUGCUGUCACUAAUCAUGAAGAUGUGCUGCGCUCGGGCUCCGCUCAAUGAAGAGUUCUUCCAGAAGUGUCGCAACGACUUCUACGACUGCCCAAAGAACGUUCUGGCGCAGAAUGUAUGCACGCGGAUAGAUCCGUUCGAUGCGUGUCUGUCGCGCAAAUCGCUGGAGAAUACGCAGCACGUAUUUACGUACAAGAUCGAGAACGAAGGCAAACCGCUGACGAACCAGAAAAGCUCGGGACGCUGCUGGCUGUUUGCGGCCCUCAACUGCAUUCGCAUCCCGUUCAUCAAGCAGUACAAUCUGGACGAGUUUGAGUUCUCACAGGCGUACCUGUUCUACUGGGACAAGAUCGAGCGUGCGAACUACUUCCUAAACAAUGUGGUCGACACGGCCAAGCGUGGCGAACCGGUCGACGGUCGGCUGGUGUCCUUUUUGCUGUCCGAUCCGACCUGUGACGGUGGCCAGUGGGACAUGCUGGUGAACUUGAUCAACAAGCACGGCUUGAUGCCGAAAAAAUGCUUCCCGGAGAGUUACAGCUGCGAGGCAAGCACGCGGAUGAACUCGGUCGUCAAGAGCAAGCUCCGUGAGUACGCAAAGGAUCUGCGAAAGCUCAUCGACAACGGUGCAACGGACGACGAGGUGAAGGAGCGAAUGAAGAAGCAGAUGAACGAGGUGUACAACAUUGUGGGCAUUUGUUUGGGCAUUCCGCUGGAGAAGUUCACCUGGGAGUACUACGACAAGUCGAAGAAGUACCUUAACAUUGGCCCGAUCCGUCCGAUCGAUUUCUACGAGAAGUACGUCAAGCCGUACUUCAACGUCGAUGACAAGGUGUGCCUGGUGACGGACCCGCGCUCGUCGAAUCUGUACGGCCGCUCCUACACGGUCGACUGUCUCGGCAAUGUGGUCGGUGGCCGGCCCGUGCUGUACAACAACCAGCCGGUGGAGCUGCUGCUCGAUCUGGUCACGAAAGCGCUCAAGUUUGGCGAACCGGUCUGGUUCGGUUGCGAGGUGAACAAGCGCUUCGCGGGCAAACAAGGCAUCGAAGAUUUGGACAUCCAUGACUUCAAGCUGGUCUUUGGAGUGGAUAUUCAGACGACGAUGGAAAAGGCUGACCGACUGCUGUACGGCGAGUCGAUGAUGACGCACGCCAUGGUGUUUACCGGCGUGUCGGUUGAUCCCAACAGCCAAAAGCCGACCAAGUUCCGGGUGGAAAACUCGUGGGGCGAGGACCGUGGCGAGAAGGGUUACCUAAUAAUGACGGCCGAGUGGUUUAAGGAGUUUGUGUUCGAGGUGGUCGUCGAUCGCAGCAUAGUGAGCCAGGACGUGCUGGACGUGUUUGAUCUCCCGCCAAUCGUGCUGCCCGCCUGGGAUCCCAUGGGCACGCUGGCAAAGUAAGCAGGGUAACGCUGUAAAGCUGCUACUGCGGCUGACGAUCGGGCAAGGGGGGUGUUGAUGAAAUUGGGGUUGGAAUUCAGUCCACUAUCAUUACUUUAGAAAAACAAAAACAUGCACCUGUCCGUCGAAGGUGUAUCACAGCUUUUAGAUAUACGCAAAGUGCGCAAUUACUGCUGCUGACUGCUACUGCUGUAUGCUGAAAAAAUUAAGAAAAAAAAGUCAACCUACCAACAACCCCCUCUUCACACCGCACGUGCGUGGCUUUGCCAGGGUAGUGCAGAAUACGACCGCUAACAACAAAUCGAUUUACUCUAAUAUACACAAUUAACGUAUAGGUAUAGAUCCAAGCAGAUUGCGAUGCAAAGUGGAAAA